AUGAUCAGAAUUGAGACAAAUUCAACAAGAGAGGUUGUGUUAGAGGUUUCCGAGGUAGAAAUAAUGGAGGUCGAGGUUCAAAAUAUUCAUGAAGAGGAGGACAACAUGAGAGUUCCUCACAAUCAAGAGGUAGUUCCUCACAUUCGAGAGGUAGUUCCUCACAUUCGAGAGCCUGAGUCAAGUAGCAAAGAAGAAGAUGGUAACAGGAUUACCCCAAAUUCAAAAGAGUGA